AUGGAUGAUACAAAGAUUAUAUAUCACAUAGAUGACGAAGAGACCCCCUAUUUAGUUAAAAUUGCCGUGUGUCCGAGCGCUGUUACCUUAGGGGACUUUAAAAAUGCUCUAAACCGACCAAAUUACAAGUUUUUCUUCAAAUCAGUUGAUGCUGAUUUUGGAGUCGUGAAAGAAGAAAUAGCGGAUGAUGAUGCAAGAUUACCAUGUUUCAAUGGAAAAGUUAUUUCAUGGCUUGUUUCUGCAGAUAGUAGUACAAAAUCAGAUAACCAUUCAAACGGCGCAGGUGAAAACCACCUUUCCAGUCAAAAUAAAAAUUCAACAAACUUCAACAAAACUCCCGACAAUAUACACAGUGCCUCGAAAAAUGAAAUCCCCAGUGAACAAGAACAUGCCAUUGGGACAACAGGGCAUGGUCUUGAGGAAUGUGAUACUUGUGUCGAGACAGACUCAGUGUAUAGCGGUGAUCGGGUUCCUCCUCUGAAAAAUUUUCAUAAUUACAAGCAUGGUUCGCGCUUGGCUAAACUUGGUCAAAGAAUCCAAAACUAUGAAACAUCUUCAUCCAUGAUGAGUUCAGAUCUGGAAUCCACAAGCUUUUUUGAUUCAGAAGACGAAUCAAGCAGAUUUUCAACAGCAACAGGUACAACUAUGUCUUCAGCUAAAUAUCCAAGACAUAGAAGACAACGAAGACACAGACGAAUUCUUCCAAUAAGACGUACCAGUGAAGAUGCUACUUCUUUUAGCAGUGUAACCGAUUCCACAAUGUCUCUCAAUAUAAUUACCGUCACUUUGAAUAUGGAUUCAGUGAAUUUUCUUGGAAUCAGUAUCGUUGGUCAAUCCAACAAAGCAGGAGAUGGUGGUAUCUACGUAGGAUCUAUUAUGCGUGGUGGAGCUGUUGCACAAGAUGGUCGAAUAGAACCUGGAGAUAUGAUACUAGAAGUAAAUAGAAUCAGCUUCGAAGAUAUGAGUAAUGAUGAGGCUGUAAGAGUUUUACGUGAGGAAGUUCAAAAGCCUGGUCCUAUCACUUUAGUAGUGGCAAAAUGUUGGGAUCCCAGUCCAAAGAACUACUUCACAAUUCCUCGUCAAGAACCAGUUCGCCCAAUUGAUCCUCGGGCUUGGGUCUUACAUACAAAUGCGAUGACUGGAGCACUUGGAACACCCGGAUUUGAUGGAAAUACACCUUUUUUUGGUUCAGGAUCACCUGCUACUGGAAUGGCAAUGAUUCCUGGCCAUUUUAUGGGUAUGACUCCAUCCUCUGGAUUGUCCGUACCAUCUAUGCCUCCUGGUAUGCCUCCUUUAAUUUUACCACCUUCAAUGGCUGGAAUCAAUGCAAUACCUUCAUCUAAUAUGACUACUAAAUCAUUACCAGAAGUUGCUGAUGGUGAUGGUUUAACUGGUGGGUAUCAUCGCAGUAGAGGUCCUGCAAGUAGUGGAGUUGUUGGUGGGCCAGGAAGUACGAAAACUAACGGUUCCCGAUCAGGAGGUGAGACAACUGUCGAUGCUAAAGGUACUCAGUCACUUCUGUCUGGUGCGAAUGGCAAAUCAUCCACAUCAUUAACUGUAGCUUCUGAUAUGGCUUCUGUAGUUCAUGAUAUGUUGAUGUCUGAUUCUGGUCUAGAAAUACGUGAUCGAACGUGGCUGAAAAUAACCAUCCAAAUGCUUUUAUUGGCUCUGAAUUAUACAUUUUCCGAACAAUGUUACUAUACUUUUGGAGAUAUAGCCACAACCUUGUCUCAUCUUAAUUUAGACGAAGUAGAUUCAGUUUCUGAAAUCGGUGCUAAUUCUUCAUCUCAUACUGGUACUCAUCCUAUGAUGCCUCAAAUGUAUCCUCACGUCCACCAUGUGCUUCCUGAUGCUCCUGGUGGUGGUUCAGCUACAGGUCUAUCAUCAGUACAAAAUCAAAAUGCUCCAUCUAAUCCUAAUCUAGGUUUAAUGUCAUCUCCUAUACCUGGUGAAGGGAAUUCACUUGCUCAAACCAACUCUCAUUAUCCCUACCCACCUGUACUUUAUCCUAUUCCAUCAACAGCUCCUGUGUCGUCGUCUGGUCCUUGUAAUGUUGAUGCGAAUGGAAAUGACUGUAGUUUUGUUAACCCAACUCAUCUGCUCUUUCUGGUCUUAGAAAUAGAAUGUCAAAUAACGGUCAAAUGGACACAUGUUACUACUAUGAAUGCUACAUCAAAUCAAAAGAUACAACAGCAGAAAGUAAACAACUCUUCCUCGUCUAGUUCAUCUCGUUCUUCUGCAUCUUCAACAUCUUCCUCUUCUACCGGUUAUUCUGGUAACAGACGUCCAGCUGGUCUAUCGGCUAAUACUACUACUCAAACACUUAACACCAAUGUUCCUCAAAGUAUGAUCACACCACUAGAUACCUCAGCUUCUAAAGGCCUUCCUUCCUUAAAUAAGGGUAUUCAACGACGCACUGAUCCAUCAAGUGUACAAAGUCUUUCCGGCACAAGCAGUACUAGUUCUGCAAGUCGCCAAAAUGGAACUGGGGCAAGUGCUGCUGGGAGUGGUAGCGGCAGUGCCGUAACUACACAUGUACUCAAAAAAUUUAACACGAAUAAUAAUGGUAAUAAUAAUAACAGUGUAUCUAAUAAAUCCGAAUUUCUUGACAAUGUUCAACGUACACAGCAUGGUAUGGAUUUUAACAAUGCAUUUCGUCAAACUAAUUGCAAUUUAGUUAAAGAUUCAAACAAUAAAUCAGAACUCAAUCAAUCAUUUAAUCAUACAAUGACAACUGGUGGAAAUUACUCUUUCUAUAAAUUGCAAAUUAAAGACCUUCAGUUUGCCGAUUAA